AUGGAGAUACUGCUAAUAGUAAUGCCUCAAAUGGUGUGCAAGGAUCCUAACCUUCAGUGUGGCUUUCAUGAGCCGGUUCCUAUUCACCACAAAUAUCAUCAGCAUGGAGAUGUUAAUAUUGCUAGCAUUAUUUCUGUAUUUUUUACAUUUUCUAAACCCAUUGAUUUCAGUCAAAAUCCUUCUCAGGGAUUUCGUGAUGGACUUAUAAUAUAUUUUCAGAAUUACCAGCACAUCCUGGCCUUAGUGUUUACUGUACAACAGAUUAAUGAAAACUCCCAAAUUCUACCCAAUGUAACACUGGGCUUUCACAUUUUUGACAGCCAUUUUAGUCCAGGCUGGACUUACUUUGCCUCAAUGUUGCUGCCUUUCACUCAGGGAAAAUUCAUCCCUAACUACAAGUGUGGGAUCCCAAAGAUUUUGGCUGCAGUCAUUGGGGGACCUGACAUUGCUCUUCACAUGGCAACUAUAUUGUGCAUCUACAAAGUUCCUCAGGUUCAUUCCUUUCUGAAAAGUGUCAGAUUCAACAACAGUGUUGGUGAAAAGAUCUCCUUUGAUAAAAAUGGAGAAUUCAUUGGUGGAUAUGAUAUUAUCAACUGGAUCACAUUCCCAAACCAAUCUUUUAUAAGGGUCAAAGUAGGAAUGGUAGAUCCCACAGCUCCAGCAGACAAGUUCUUCAAUAUUUCUGUAGAUUCCAUCACGUGGCCAGUCAGCUUUAAUCAGGCAUUGCCUCUGUCUUUGUGUAAUGAUCCUUGUGAGACAGGAUACAGCAAGGCCAAGAAAGAAGUGGAGUCAUUUUGCUGCUAUGAUUGCCAUCUAUGUCCAGAGGGGAAAAUUUCAAAGGAGAAGGACAAGGAUGAUUGUUCUCCAUGUCCCAAAGAUCAAUAUCCCAAUUCUCAGAAAAAUAUGUGCAUUCCAAAGCGGAUCACCUUUUUAUCCUGUAAAGAACCUUUGGGGAUCAGUCUGACUGCUCUUUGUCUUUGCUUUGUUUUAAUGACAAUUUUGGUAAUAAUAAUCUUCAUGAAACAUAAAGACACUCCUAUUGUCAAAGCCAACAACCGGAAUCUGACCUACACUCUCUUAGUUUCCCUCCUCCUCUCCUUCUUUUGUGUCUUUCUAUUUAUUGGGAGACCUGAAAAGAUUGUGUGUCUGCUUCGACAACCAGCUUUUGGCCUCAUUUUUUCUGUGGCAGUUUCUUGUAUAUUGGCCAAAACCUUUGUUGUGGUUCUAGCAUUCAUGGCCACCAAACCUGGUUCCAAAUUAAGGAAAUGGGUGGGGGGAAGAAUGGUCAGUUUUAUUCUUCUCUCCUGCAUCCUUGUUCAAAUUUCUUUUUGUGCUGCAUGGCUGAUAACCUCUCCACCAUACCCAGAUACUGAUAUGCAGUCAAUGUCUGAAGAAAUCAUCAUGGAGUGCAAUGAGGAAUCGGUUAUGUUCUAUUGUGUUUUGGGCUUUAUGGGAUUUCUUGCUCUAGUUAGCUUCUCUGCUGCUUUUCUAGCUAGGAAGUUGCCUGACAGUUUCAAUGAAGCCAAAUUCAUCACCUUCAGCAUGUUGGUGUUCUGCAGUGUUUGGCUGUGCUUUAUUCCAACCUAUCUCAGCACAAGGGGAAAAUAUAUGCUGGCUGUGGAGAUCUUCUCCAUGAUUUCCUCCAGUGCUGGAUUAUUGGUGUGCAUCUUUUUUCCCAAGUGUUUUAUCAUUGUGAUGAGACCUGAACUGAACACUAAACAUCAGCUCAUGAAAAGAAAGUUUUAA